ACACUUCUGGGGGCGCAGUCAGCCAGCCAGCUAGCCAGCAGCAGCAGCAGCAUCGUGAAGGCACAGCACCACCAUCAUCAGCAGCAGCAGCGAAAAGGGAAGAAGAAAAGCUAAAAGGUAACCGCGAGCGAGCAAAAAAAAAGACCCGCCGAACUGACUGAACUGCGACUGGCUGGACUCGAACUCAAAAACUCGACUCGUCUCUGGCGAAAGCAUCGUUUUGACGGACAUUUUUGCAUACGGAGGCUGAUUUUCAAAGCGGCCUAGAGGUGUUCCUAGUGGACCGAUUGUGCUUAAAACAGUGCCCGGUGGAAGGUGAAAAUUUUGCCUACCAGCAGAGCUCGGAAGUGUCGAAAUCCGUCGCGGUUGACCGGCCCAAAAGGCCCACGGAAAAUUGCUCCCACUAAAGGGUGCGCUUUUCGCGGAUCGCCAUUUUGAACGUUUCGGUUUUCGUGUGGCGGUGUCGUUUUUUCGUCAGCCGUGUCAGUUUUCUGUGAGGGGAGGGUUCCGGGAUUAGGUGCAAGAAAAACUAGACAUUUUCCGGUAUCCGGUCGUGUGUUUAGUGGGUAUUAGUCGGUGCAAGUGGCCAGUGGUUCCCGCGGAAGAACGGAGCGGAACUCCCCCGAAAACAAGGCGGAAAAAUGGCCCACCAUCAGAACAAACCGGUUAGCAUCGUGAUUCAGGACCCCAAUGGUCAGCAACAGAUCCUGCAGGUGAUGCAAACGGCUUCCACCACCGGCCGGCCGUUGACUUCAGCCAGCGUGAAAACGAUCGUGAAGGAAGUGACCGGCCAGGACACCAGUGCAAUUAUCACCGGACAGAACUUUGCUACCCCGAUCGUUCAGAAGUUGGCGCCCGGACAAAAGAUAAUAACCGUCAACAGUCCCAAGUUGCAAUUUGUGAAUGCUACCGCGGGAAAAAGUGUCAACGGUAAACCGCUGGUUCGAAUCUCCCCAUCACAGUUGGGUCAAUUAAAGCUAAUUGCCACACCGGGACAGAUUAGUGGCAAAAAUCUGACCGCCAUGCUAGCACCUUCAACCUCGAUGAGUCCCUCGACUUCGGCCGCCAUUCCAGCAGCGUCUGCUUCGUAUAUCAGUACCGGAAACGUGAUGACCAGCAGCCCGAUGGCGUCCAGUGCGUCCAUCAUCACCACAAGCUUCACCCCGCCAUCCCCGGUAGUGGCCACGGUGCAGCAAACAACCCACAAAGGAUCUCAACAAUACCACCAGGUGCAGCAGCAGCACCAGCAAUCACAACAGUACAACUAUGGCAAGAAAGCCGCCGCCAGUCAGCAGAUUCACACCCCGGCCUCGCGUCGGAGAAAAACCGACAAAAUCGGCCGUGGCCUGAGGCACUUCUCGAUGAAGGUUUGCGAGAAGGUGAAAGAAAAGGGCACGACCACGUACAACGAGGUGGCCGACGAGCUGGUCGCUGAGGAAACUCAAAGCCAUCCCGGUGUGGAUCCAGCUUCCUACGACCAGAAGAACAUCCGCAGGCGGGUGUACGACGCCCUCAAUGUGCUGAUGGCGAUGAACAUAAUUUCCAAGGAGAAGAAGGAAAUCCGCUGGCACGGUUUGCCGACUAGCAGCGUCCAGGAGUGCGACGAUCUCGAGAAGGAGAACGAGAAGGCUCGGGAACGGAUCGAGCAGAAGCAGAAACAACUGCGGGAUCUCAUCAUGCAGCACGUGGCGUUCAAGUCGCUGGUUGCGAGAAAUCAGGAAAACGAGGACCGAGGUCUGGUUCCGAACCCGAGCUCCGCCAUACAGUUGCCAUUCAUAAUUGUAAAUACGGAUAAGAAAACUCACAUCAACUGUAGUAUUUCGAAUGACAAGUCGGAAUUUUCAUUCGAUUUCGACAAUGCUUUCGAGAUUCAUGAUGAUCUGGAAGUGUUGAAGCGGAUGGGAUUGCUGCUGGGAUUCGACAAAGGCCAGUGCACGGUCGAAAAUAUAUCGAAACUCAAAUCGAUGGUGCCCAAGUCGCUGGAAAAGUACAUUGAUAAGUACGGCCUUGGCAUCGAGAACGAAACCGACGAUUUGGAGAUGGCUUCGUCCUACGGCGGGCAAGAUUUCUACGACGACAGUGCCCAGGAUGUUGGCGAUCUGUUUGCCACCUUCCACCCGGACAACGCUAGCGAACUGAACGAGGACGAUCUGAUCUCCGAAGAUGGCCAGGAUGGAUAAAAAGGAUGAAUUUUGCUCCCCUGACCCUGAACCCGGAAGCUGGCUUGGAAUGCAAUGUUGAAUCGGCAAAAGACAGUGCUAGCAAGCACGGCGAGACACAUAUGCUUGUUUUGCUCAUGCACACGAAUUUAUUGCUUUCUGUGUACGGUAGAAGUUGGCGCGAGGCUGCUUGGAGGUUACCCAACAAAAAAGGUAAUCUCAACAGCAAGUUGAAUUGGGAAUGGCUAGUUUCUUUUCAAAUAGUUGCAAGUGGAUGUUGAUUUGCAGGUGAAAAGGCGGUGAAUUUAGUGGGUAAGAUGUAAAAAACAGAUAUGAAAAGUACGCAAUUGAUUGCAUUAAAGAAAAAAAAAAAAUGGAAUGUUACUGAUAAGAACUCACUCAAUGCAUAGAAGCAGUGCAAACAAACAGCAAAAAAAAAAUCGUUAUCGUUAAACAUGUAAGUUUAUUUCUUCGUAGGAUGAAAGGCAAUGAGCUCUAUUAUGUCCCUUUAAUGUCGCCGUGCAAAAGUUGGUAGUUAUCGCUUAGUAGUAAGUGCAGAAUCAAACCUUCAACCACGUUUAUGUCGCAGAAUGAUCCAGAGAGAGAACUAUGAAACCGACCAUCGAUAGAAAGUGGAAGAAAAUCUAGCUAAUUUUGAUGCACCGGAAAGUACAGAAGUAACGUUUACUUUUCACACUUAAUGCUACUAAAUAAACUCUUUCCGCAAAUCAAUAGAAAUCGCAUCAUAAUAUCAGUCUUAACUUAAUCACUUUGCGCCGAUGAAUGCGCUUGUCAAUUUGUUGUUAACCGCAGAUUCAUUCUAACAGAUUUUUAACGGAAACAUUUGUCAGGUAUUCUGAUUUCUUUUAUUAAAACUAUUACCAUUAUAAAAUUUUAAAAAGUCUUUUGGAUUGUUUCGAUUAUAUACCGAUUGAACUUGGUUGAAAAGUUUUGGUUUACAUUAAAAAAAGAAAGAUAUUGCACUAAGAAAACUGAUGCAUGACAUUGUACAUAUUUAUUGGGCUUCAUUGUAAUUAAAAUUUAAAAUUUGUAUCACUAAAACAACAAAUUCAGCAAAUAUAAAUUUCAACAACAGAAAACAAAAUGCUACAAAAUAUAAUACACCUUAUAAAAAUGUUCGACAAAAUUCGCUCAACCACUACAGUAGUGGUUUCGAUUUGUCCGCUACCACCAACCAAGUAUGGAAACAUUGCACCAAGAACAAGCUGAAACUCUAAAUUUUACUUUUCCUCGGUCGCGAAGACUUUGUGAAUAAAUGAUAAAACAAAAAGUACACACAAACCUUAUUAGUUGUAAGUUGAAAGGAGAGAAGAAGAAAAAAAGAAUCAGAGAAACAACCAGAAAAUGCUAAGCGUGUUUUUUUCUCGUUUUUUUUAAGUUUUAUUUUAUGUUUUUUGAAGACUUUAUCGAUUAUUAAAAUAUUAUUGACUUGCAGAAGAAAAUAAGUUUUCCUUCUAAAUUAGAGGAAAAAUUCAAAUGAUGUGCGUACUCCACAACACGUGAGAGAAAUAAAAACUGUGGACGAAUGGAAAAAUAAGGUCGUCAAACAAAAAAAGGUUUAUUUUUUAUAUUGUAAUUAAGUUUUUAUUUCAUAAAAGUUUUUUUUUUCUUUAGAAGAUCAUUUAAUUUUUAAAACAAGGAAACGCCUCUGAGCGCCUGUCCGUAAUUCAUUGCAAACACCUGUGAAACCCCGAAAUCUAACAUUUAAUAAACACAUAGAAAGUAGUUAUAACAA